UGCUAUCGUCGACAAAGUGUUUGCGCGGUUUGUUUUCAUGUGCCUGCAGCCAAGGCUCGCCGUGACAAUCAAAGAAAUCACUCACGGUUUUGUUCCUCAUGCCGCUGCAGUGUAAUUUAAAAUCAAGUUUAAUUUCGAAAGUGAUCAAUGAUUUUUUAAACUCACGACUGCGAAGUUUUAGUCUGAAGCAUAUAUGGCGGCGCCUAUGGGAUUAGAUCCCACUGAGCACAAUGUCGCUGUCUCACAAGUUGCUGCUGAACUUGUCCGAGCAAUCGAGAUUACCAUGGAUCCAACAGUGCCUCACCCUCAGCGGCUCGAAGCUUAUAACAACUGCGAAGCAUUUAAAGAUAAAUCGCCUUACUGUGUUCAGUGUGGUCUCUAUCUUGCUCAACAAAAACAACUUUCUGAACAUGUGCAGCAUUUUGGUCUUCAAUUGAUGGAAUACUGUAUUAAGUACAGGUGGUAUGAUCUUCCCCAGGGUGAGAAGAUCUUCAUCAAGGAAAAUGCAAUGAAAUUAUUAAGUGAUGGGAUGAGCUUAAAGACACCAUCACACAUGAAAGAUGCUCUUUCUCGAAUUGUUGUGGAAAUGGUUAAGCGAGAGUGGCCUCAACAAUGGCCCAGCCUUAUGAGUGAGCUUAGCCAGAUAAGCUCUCAUGGAGAAAGUCAAACAGAAUUGGUACUUCUUGUCUUUUUGAGGCUGGUUGAAGAUGUCCAUACUCUUCAGACCCUGGAAUCAAACCAACGAAGGAAGGAUCUCUAUCAAGCCCUCACUAUGAACUUGAGUGAAAUUUUUAGCUUUUUUGUCAGACUUAUUGAAAAUCAUGUCAACAAGUACAGAGAACUUACAGCUCAGGGUAAAGCAGCUGAGGAGGUUCUUCCUCAUCAAAAUGUUGUGCAAACAGUUCUUCUUACUCUGACUGGGUUCUUGGAGUGGGUUCCUGUUGUCCACAUAAUGGCAGAGGAAGGCCGUCUUCUUCAAGAUCUUUGCCUCCUUCUUGACCAAAAAGCUUUCCAAUGUGCAGCAGCAGAGUGUCUAUUACUCAUUGUCAAUCGAAAAGGCAAGCCGGAAGACAGGAAACCUUUCAUGGUGUUGUUUGGCAAUGAUGUUAUGGCCUGCAUUUACCGUUCAGCCUGCAGUAGCUCUCCCACUGAUGAAGAUGAUUACAAAUAUCUCAAAAUACUUGCCCAGGUGCUUACAGGCUUGGGCCAGUUAUUGUGUGGAGUUUGGGGUAAGGAUGAUGGACCUUCUGCUCAGCCAUCCAGUUUUGGUGUUUUCCUAGAAAUUAUUUUGAGCUUCACUCGUCAUCCCAGUCUCACCUUGACUCACACUGUGUCCCAACUGUGGGGAGCUCUCUUCAGACACGAGUCCAUAUCGAGGCAGCCAAUAAUGUUGGAAUUCAUCCCAAAAUGGGUUGAAGCCUCUGCACCAAAGGCAAUCAAGGUCAUGUAUCCCAAUAAAAGAUCAACCGUCAUAUCACCUGAUUCAUCAUAUUAUGCUGGUCUCGAUUAUGACAGUAAAGAAGAAUUCAACACAUUCAAUAGUCAGCUGCGUAUAAUUAUCUGGGAGAACUUCCGCCAGGCUACUUUCAUUGCUCCUCUUGUUACCUAUGGAUAUGUUGAGCGUUGGCUUCAGCAGCGUAUGCAGCAGUCCCUGGCUGAUCCUACACCAGUAACAAUUUCAUCUCCUGCUUACUUAGAAUGGGCUGCUCUUGGAAGUGUCCUGGAAAGUGUUCUAAGUAAAAUUCUGCUUGUGGCAGAACGUCCAUCUCCUGCUUCUGGACUUAGGCUGCUUGAACAGUGUCUUAACUAUGAGCCCAAAGACCCUUUAAUUUUAUCCGAGCUUUUAUCUUGUGUGUCAGCACUUUUUGUCUUCCUGUCCAUGUCACCUUCUACUCAUCUGCUUACCUCGGUUCUGAACAAGAUCUUUGCAGCUCUUGUGUUCUCUGAGCCAGGGGUCCCAAGGGAACUGUUAAGCAAAGAUGUCAGAGCAGUGCGACGCCAUGGAGCUUGCCUGAUGGUCAAAAUAGGCACGAAAUAUCCAUUAAUAUUGUUACCUAUUUUUGAUCAAAUUUAUGGCAUUGUGAGCAAUUUGAAUAGUAAACCCGAUUUGCUUUCUUCAUUGGAGAGAGUAACUCUACAAGAAAGUCUUCUCCUGAUAAACAAUCACUUCUAUGAAUAUGAAAGGCAAACCAAGUUCAUUGGCGAGGAACUGAAAGGGCCAUGGUCGAUGUGGCACUCGUUGGGUCAAGAAGCUUUUGUGUCUGCCCCAGCACUGAUGCGUGCCAUUGGGCUUCUGUAUCCCUUAUCAGACACAAGCCAUGAGGAGUCAACAGGCACUAAUCGCUCAAAUAUCAUGACCUGUGUGAACCUUCUAAUGGCUGUUGUCAAACGGUGCACCUGGCCGGAUGACCCUGACAAGGCAGCUCGAGGUGGAUUCGUGGUUCACAUGACAAAAAGUGGGAAUCCAGUGUAUCGCAAUCCUGGUGCCCCCCAUGUCAUUCCAAUGCUGCCCAAUUUCUUUGCCUUCCUCAGAGUCAUGAAUGCCAUGUGGACUCCUGAUGCUCUAGCUCUUUUAUCAGAGGACUACAAAGCUGUACAUCACAUGACAGAAAUGGAGCGAGCCCAGCUGCUUGGUACCGGAACUGGCACUCAGUCCACGGACCUAGACAUUUUGGAAUCAGUGUGUACUUCCUCUAAUGGGUCCAGUGCUCUUUCUGGGCCCAGAGCUCCAUCCCGGUUGCAGUCAUAUUUGUGCAGUUUACACGAAAAUUCCUACCAUGUUCUUGGCAGUAUGGGGGUGUCAUUUGGUUGGGAUCUAUACCAACUGCCUGAUCUUGCUUCCAAUUUGAUCAAUUCUGUUUUCUGUGGCCUUGAGUUUAUUCCUGAUUAUCGACUUAGACCUAUUGUGAAAACAUUCCUCAAACCAUUUAUUGGAGCCUGCCCAUCUGUGUUUUAUGAAUCCGCUGUUUUGCCAGUGUUAGCAAGUUUCUGCCCCUACAUGUUUGGAAGACUGAGUAACAAGUGGCAGUAUUUGGCAGAGCUCAGAGAAGCUGGCAAAAUUGAUGAUGAAAAUACUGAAGCACAGGAAGUAGCUGAUGAUAUGUUAAAUCGCAAUCUUACUCGAGAGUAUCUGGAUGUUUUAAAAGUUGCCUUAAUUGGUGGUACAUCUGUUGUUGAACUCGCGAACAAUGACAAUGCUGAUGGCAUGGACCAAGAAGAAGGUAGCCGCCCACCUCCACCCACCCAAGCAUCGGAGGUGAUAAGUGAACUAGGUCAGCUUAUAUUGCGGUGCCCUCUGACAAGUCAGUCUGUAGCUUUGUGUGUUCUCAGGGCUUUAUCAUGGCCCGACAGUGGAACGAGUUUCAAAGCUGCCAUGCUCACCGCCCCAAUGGUGCGGCAGCUUUUGGCCAAUGGCAGUGUAUCAGACAUGGUUGCUUCUCACAUCAUGACUUCCGUUUUGCAAGGGCUUCAGCUCCAUGGGCACCAUGAUGUGAACCAAAGUGUCCUGGUUCAGCUGGGCACCCAGGUGUAUGACAUGCUCCGGCCCAGGUUUAUAGAAGUUGUGGAGGUGAUGAAACAAAUACCGGGAAUAAAUCUGAUGGAGCUUCAAAAGCUCGAUGAAAAGGUUUUGAGUGGAGCUGCAGCAGCAGCAGCAGCUGGGCCUGGAGGGAGAACCACCAACAGCAAAACAGAAAAGGCCAAAAAAGAUAACUUUAAACGGCUUACUACUCAGCUAAUCAACUGCAGCCUGAGUCAAUUGUUUUGCAAGAAAGCAUGGAUUGCUGAGCUGCCUCGUCUUGAUGUACCGAGGAGGCCAAAACCUGCCAGAGUUGAGGACCUUCCAGGAGACACUGGUCUAGUUGGAUUGUUCCAUGGAAGUGCUUCAUGAGUGUAACCAUUCCAUCAUAUUGAGACUGAGUGUUUAUAUGUAGCAUUGUUUUUGUAAUUUUGUUCCUGUUUAACUUUUUUUUGUGAUGAUUAUACAUGUUGGGUAUCAAAAGAAGAGUACUUUACUAUGCAAAGCAUGGGUGUACAGUUUCAAGAAGGCUACCUUCUCUUCCAUGAGCUUUGCUUAAAAUUUUGUAUGCUGUCGCUCAAGAAUAACGUCCAUCAAAUGGAUAUGGUUUUUGAAACACUGAUUUCUGAUAAGUUACCAAAUGGAAAUGGCAGGAUACCAUUGCUUUAACUAUUUAUUUAAGGAGGUGAGUUGUGUGUCUCAACAACACAUCUUCAAACUUGUGAUGAUUUGUUUUGCACAGCAGAAACCUGAGACUUUGAUUGUGUGUCUUUUAGUUAGCUUUUUAAUUACUGUAAAUCAAUUCCCAAUUCAUUAUGUUGUGGUUAGAACAGUUCUGUAAAUAGGUGAUUAUAUGACAUCGAAUUUCUUGUUAUGAAAUCUUUGCUGAUUUUAUCGUAAAUAGUAUAAUGUGCUCACGGCAAUUGAUCUUAAAGAGACUCAAGGCUGACUUAAAAUUAUUGCCUGAUGGAAAUAAUAUCCCACCUUACCUCACAAAUGAACAAGAAUAACCACUGAGAAAGACAGCUCUUGUUUUAACUUUCAAUCCAAGCCAUCUUUUAUUCUAUUUGUAAACGAAUGCUUAGCUCCAAAUGUUUUACUCUUAUUCUACUUGACAGGUUUUCUUAGGUUUUUAAUAUCAGUGCAUUGUACCCAUUGAUAGGGUCAUGCAUACUCACAGAGGUGCAUCUUAAGGAUCAUAAUUAAAUUACUAUGGGUAAAAUCAUGAGAGAAUGGUGCCUUAUUCUCAUGGUACUGUAUUUAGGGGUGUACUUUUUGACAGCACUGUAGUGUUAAGAUACCUGGUAAUCUUCUCAUUCCUGGGGGUUAUGCCCAAAUAAUUUAUUACUAAUUUGUGUGCCUAUGCUUGCAUACUUUUACUUAGUGACAUGCCAUACUGUAUGCACAUUGAUGCCUUACCUAGUAUGUGUGUCCCUCAAUUCUUCAAGGAAAUCGUGUCACUGAGAAUAAUUUGCAUAGAUUUUACUAUGACAAUAUUAAGCUGUUGUGAUUUGUAAUCUUCAUCUUUGCCUCAUAAAUAGUUUUCUUUGGGAAAAUUUGCCUUAAUAUAAGUUGUCUUUUAUAAAGAGGGUCUCUUUUCUCAUUUAUGAUUUUUUUUAUAGAGGUGCCCAUAUUGUUGUGAUGAUGUACAAGAUAAAUUUGUUUUGUUUUUUCAUUUUUUUAUAAAAUGGUAAAAUAGACAAAGAGGCCAUUUUGAGAGACUGAUGUUGGAAGCCUAUGUUCCUUACAAAUGAAUUAAUUUGUGUGUGUGUGAAAUUGUGCCUGCAACUUGUAGAUAAAUUUUGUAACAUUUUACCUGGUUGUGAAGAAAUUACUCAUCCAUAUAAUUGUGAUAGCGUUAGCGCAAUGGCCAUGACUUUCGGUUCUGUUGUGUAGCACUCCUUAUUGAAAUCAGCUACCGUAUAAUCAUAUUUUUGUGUCCGCUUUUACUUGAGUUAUACUGAGCACCCUUGGGUGGGCAAGCACUGUGCAUUAAGAGACAAUUGUCUUUAUUUAA